UCACCAGGAGGGCUUGGCUCAAAUUGCAGAUCGGCAGAUUGGGGCGUUUACCGUUGCCACACAUACACACACAUAUACACCCUUACCCGCCCUUAGCUCUUCACUGCAACCACUCACCCACGCUCCCUUUUUUAGGUUACACGACCGAGAGUACACAUAUCAUUCUUACGUUCACCAUCCUCACCACCUACUCUGCUUGGCCAUCGACAUCCAGGCCACCUAUCUGGUAAUUCUUCCUAGCGUCACCCUCUGCUACUACCUACACAACCUGCUUGUACUCCUCUUGGCUACCAACUUCACUCCAAUCUUGCGCCAUGGCUCGUUUUGCUCUGUCCCUCGCCGCCAUCUUGGCGUAUGCCGCAGCAGUCAACGCUCAGGCAAGACAAAACGCCACCGGUGAUGCAGAAGCCGCACAAGCACCCAACCGUGGACGGCCUCAACGAGACUGGACACCUUGGACGCCCAAGCCAGAGUACACUUUGGAGUCUAUGCCUGAUCAAUACAUGGGACGCAACCGCUCGGGCAACAAUGUCGACCAAUACGGAUGGAACGUUUGCCCAUCUGAUACCUGGAACCAAGAAUCUAGGUGCCAGACUGCCUGGCUCAACUCUGCCUCUGACUUUUGUCUCUGGGGCCCACCCAACGGAGGCACCGUCGGUGCUACCGAACGUGAAGCCGUUGCCUUCUGCACAAGGCCCAGCCACGGUACUCGCCUCAUUCCGGACGGCACCCUUACCUCUGUUCACUGGGUUCAGACCGACCGAUAUGUUCAAGUGACCGGAACCGGUGACUUCACCUCUUUCGGCAUCCCAGAAGGUGAUGACGGUGGUGAGAUGGACAGUCACGGUAUGGACGAUCUUUCCAACCCAGUCGGUGGUGUCGUCUUCACCACGGCCAACCCUGCGACGAAUGGCCGUCCAUUCUUCGUUCAAGAAUGGACCAACUUCAUGUCUUGGAACCAGUACUGCUUCCGUGCUUGCUGGGGUAACGAUGCCGGAGCUCGCUGCCAGCACAUCUACGACGUCUUGGGUUGCCAGUGGAACAUCCCAGCUUCGUACGAGCCCAACGAAUGGGAGUCUUGCGAGGGAGUCGUGGGUCUCGUGCAGGGUGUAUAUGACGGUUCCACAUUCCGUCAAGGUGACCCCGUCACUCCCCAGGCGCACCCCGCACCAUCCAGCAGCAACUGCGAGACCUUCCAAUCUCUCUCCAACGAUCUCCAAUUCGCUGCUGCUGCAUCUCCCACCUCCAGCACAAACGCCACCGGACCCAGCAGCAGUGCUGUUCCUUCUGCUGCUCCCAACCGUCCCACCACCAGCGGUACCUCCAACGCCAACACCAGCGGUGGAAACUCUGGAGCCAACUCCAACGCAGCAAUCAGCGUUCUGCUCAUCGCCACUGUCGGCGCCUUGGCAGCAGGCGCCGUCCUCGUCUAAAUCUGAACACCUUCAGAGGCUCACUCGACGCGCUCAGUGGGUGCGUGCAUCUCACCCCGCACUUGUCCAUACCUCGCAGCACCGCAC